AUGGGGCAUUCAAUCGUUUUACAUAGUUUAUUAUCGAUUCUUCUUUUACCACUAUUGCAAGCACCUGUUGUUGCUGUUUGUAAGCAUUAUAUUGUUUAUUUAGGAUCAUUCGAUGGUGGACGUCCUUUCUUAGGUGAUCCUGCAAAUGUAACAAGAUCCCACCAUGAAAUGAUUUCCAAUGUGUCACAGAGGAACAAUAAUGGACAUGACCCUUCGAAAAAGCUAAUUUACUCUUAUGCAAAAAUAUUUAACGGCUUUGCUGCAAUUCUACAUGAGGAGGAGGUUGAGGAACUUGCAAAGCAUCCUAAUGUUAUAUCGAUUUUUGAAAAUCUUAAUGUUAGACGACAAACAACUCAGUCAUGGGAUUUCUUAGGGUCAUUUCAGCACCAAAUUAUCCCUUCUAAAGAAUCUAUUUGGGAGAAAGCCUGCUUUGGAGAAGACAUUAUCAUAGGAGCAUUUGAUACUGGUGUCUGGCCCGAAUCCAAGAGCUUCUCGGAUGAAGGCCUUGGAAUCGUCCCCAAAAAGUUUAGAGGUCAUUGUUCCAAUGAUAAUGAUCCAUCAUUCAAGUGCAACAGGAAACUUAUUGGUGCAAGAUACUUCAACAAAGGGUAUGUCCAAUCUCUAUCAUCCAAAAACCUAACCUUUUCCACAAACUCGAGCCCUCGUGACAUGGGAGGGCACGGGACUCACACAUUAUCCACUGCCGGUGGGAGUGUUGUCCUAGAAGCAGAUGCAAUGUCUUUAACUAUGCUAGGGCUAAAAAAUAGUACCAUAAAAGGCGGAGCACCAAUGGCGCGAGUUGUUGCAUAUAAGGUGUUAUGGCCAGAAGCCGCUUCUAAACUAGGGGAAGGAUCUUUCAUGGAUUGCUUGGCAGCGGUUGAAGCUGCUAUUCUCGACGGUGUAGACAUCAUCAAUUUAUCUCUAGGAUUCACCAUCCAAGAUUCCAUGAAAGGCGGUGAUUUUUAUUUUAAGGAUGCCUUGUCUAUUGCUUCUUUCCAUGCUAUGGCCAACGGUAUCCUUGUCAUUGCCACUGCCGGAAAUAGUGGACCAUCUUCGGGGUCUGUUAACAAUAUUGCCCCUUGGAUGCUCACCGUCGGUGCCAGUACUAUUGGUAGAGAGUUUACAUGUUGUGUCGUCUUAGGCAACAACCAAACGAUUAGGGUAUGUAAUUUUUACUCUAGUCUAAAUGAUACUUCAUUUUACCCCCUAAUCACCGGUGCAAAUGCCCGCAUAAAUGGUGCUAACCAGAUUAAAGCAUCAUACUGUAAGCAUGGAACUGUUGAUCCAGUGAAGGCGAAAGGGAAGCUUCUAGUUUGCCUCUUGGAGGGUCCUGGUCGUAUAAUAGAGAAGAGUGAAAAGAGCAAGGUUGCAUUACAAGCUGGAGCUCUCGGCCUAAUCAUCGCGAAUAAUCAAUUUGUUGGAUCUAAAAUGCUCCCUGAUAUGAUUCAUCCUCUCCCUACCACUCAAUUGAAAUUCGAUGAUGGUCAAGCUCUUCUUUCUUAUAUCAGCUCUACGAGGGAUCCUAUUGCAUCAAUUACUGGAGCAAGAACUGAAUUAGGGAUAAAACCUGCUCCAAUAAUUGCAUACUUUUCUUCUAGAGGUCCCAACAAAAUCACCCCAGAGAUUCUUAAGCCUGAUGUAAUAGCUCCUGGAGUAAGUAUUGUGGCUGCUUAUACAGAAGCUCCAAACGUUCCGUUGCCUGAUAAAUUUCUACCAUUGUCCGGGACAUCUAUGGCAGCUCCUCAUGUCACUGGCAUUGCUGCUCUUCUUAGAAAAAUGUAUCCUCUCUGGACCACCUCCGCCAUCAAAUCUGCAAUCAUGACUACAACAAGCUCAGUAGACAACAACGAUAAGCCAAUUUUUGAAGAUGAUAUGAUACGUGAGGCCACACCAUUUGCUUACGGAGCAGGCCUUGUACAACCCAACCUAGCAAUGGACCCUGGCCUAGUUUACGACAUGAAUCACUAUGAUUACCUUAGCUUCCUUUGUGCACACCAUUAUAACACUACACUUCUCAAAUUGUUCAAUAAACAACACGAUUACAAGUGUCCGGAAUCAUUCAAUAUCUUGGACUUCAAUUAUCCGUCCAUAAGUAUUCCUGAGUUCACCGGUGCAGCAACUGCUACACGAAAGUUGAAAAAUGUUGGAGAGCCAGGUACCUAUACUGCAAGCAUACAAGCACCACCCGAGAUUUCGAUUGUAGUGGAACCUAAGACUUUGGUGUUUUGUCAAAAGGAUCAAGAGUUAACGUUUAAGCUCAUCUUCUCCGCCGAUGUUAAUCAGCUUCCCACCGGUUAUAUUUUCGGUAGUUUGGUAUGGUCUGAUGGGAAGCACAUUGUGAGAAGCCCUAUUGCAAUGAAGGGCAAAGCAUCCGUAGGAAAUACACUAAGCAAAUCCCCUUAAGAAUUAUGGAUAUAUUCAUUUGUUAGAGUGAUUAAAUACUUUAACGCUUUAUUUUGUAGUUACAAACACUUUAAAAUGAGAAGAUAGAUUUUUUUUUUCUUUUUUUUUUUGGUAGAGAAAAAUUGUUUCAUAUACUUCCAACUUGUGUCUUUAGUCUAUGCAUUAUGUUGUACAAAAUAUCUACUACUUUAGAAAUUACAUUGUGAGAAACUAACUUUUAUUAUAUGCGUGUACAUAUAUACUACCUCCGUUAACAGUUAUUUGCAACGAUGGGACAUUUUUCCUCUCUACUUUAUG